GGGAUUUCGGGACCGCGUGGUCCGUCGUGUUUUAUAAACGAUCUCCGCUCGCCGUCAAUCAAACGACGGGCGCCAACGACGUCAACAACACCUGCGUUGGACACGCCCACGUUCUAGAAGCUUCCGGGGGAUCGGUAAUCUUGAAGGCCUUCGAAGAUGUUUCAAUGUUCCAGAGGAGCCAGUUUUGCCCAAAUGCUCAUGAAGGAUUUGCCCGUGAAGCCAGGACUGACGGAGGCGUACAGACCUCCGUCUGCUCCGUCGAUCUCGCAUGGUCAAGGCAAAGAUGUCUUUUGCCAACAAGUGAACAAUGCACUGACACCUGCACCUGCUGGGAAGCCAAAGAUGUCACCUAAAUGGGUGAUUGACAAAUACAAGCGAGGUGAGACCCACGCCGUGUCCUUGCUCCAUCAGCUCGCCCAGAUUCUGCAGUUCCACCUGGAAAUGAAGGAAACGGUGACCACAGGCAACGUCACACGGCUCUAUUUUGCCUUUUGUGCGGUGAUUGACGGAGUUGAGUACAAGACUGGCAUGGGCAUAACCAAAAAGGAUGCUAGGCAGAAGGCGGCAGAGCUGGCUUUGCAGGACCUGCUGCCCACGUUGGAAGGUCCGACGUCUGUUCUCCCCGAGGCAUCAGACGCUCCUCCGCCCCUACCAGUGAAAGAGGGGCCGUCCAUCUCUGAAGUCUAUCCCUGCAGAGUCAAUCGUGAAAGGAAGAAUUUCGGUAACCUCCAGAUUCUCCAUGCCGUCAGGAAUCAGCUCUUUAAACUGAUGAACAACCACCUAGAGUUCUAUGCACAGGCAGGCACCACAGCAGCGUUCAUCCUUCAGACUUCAAGUGGAUGUGAGGUGGUCGCCCUCGGCACGGGGAACUUCAACAUCAAAGAGAGUUGCUCAGCGGAGUCGAGUGGACGGACUGUGCUCGACUCGCACGCAGUUGUGACCGCACGCAGAUCUCUCAUGAGGUUUCUGUACCGGCACCUGCUGAUGUUCUACAGCAAAACUGCCAAUCUGACAGAGAAGUCGAUCUUCCAGCAGAGCAGCGACGGCAGCAGCAGCUUCCUCAGCCUGAAGGGCAGCAUCACCCUUCACCUUUAUGUCAAUCAACUGCCAAAGGGCGCCGCUCAGAUCCCGUCCAGGCUGAACCUGAACCCCCUCUCCAUUUCGGCUUGGCAAGUCAACAACGAGAUGAGCCUGCACCUGUCAGUGGAAGGCAAGGUGUUCUCGGUUUUCUCGUCGGCCUACGAUCAGUCUGCGUCAAGGGCGGUCAGCAUGUCCGCCACAGACAAGAUUUCUCAAUGGCAGGUGCUUGGAUACCAGGGAGCCUUGCUCAGUCACUUCAUCGAGCCCAUCUAUGUGGAUAGCAUCCUCGUAGGUGAUUCUUGCUGCAGUGACACCCGCGGCAUGGAGAUGUCGGUGAGCCAGCGUGCGGAAGGGAUCACCUCUCAACUGCCCGUGUACUACUGCAUGAUCAGGCCUCGCAUCAGCCUGGUGUCUUCUGUGGCCACAAACAGCGCAGACGGUGGCCAGUUGACCCACGGCAUCAACUGGAGCGAAGGAGACAGCUCCCUGGAGGUCGUGGACGGUCUGCAGGGCAAGACCAUAGAGGAAUCUCCCUUUAAGAGUGGCUCUGCGCUGGCAAGCCGACUGUGCAAAGCAGCGAUGCUGCACCGCUUCAAAAUGGUGGCCAAGGAAGCCCAGAGGCCGGACCUGCUGGCCGCAACCUCCUACAGAGAGGCCAAGGGGAUGGCGAAGGCCUACCAGGAGGCAAAGCGUGUGCUGCGGGCGUACCUGCUGCAGCAGGGCUUUGGUCUUUGGCUGGUCAAGCCUUCGGUUGGUGAAUUCAGUAAUUGAGGUCUGGAAAAUAGCUACAGUUGUGUUCAAACUGUUCAAACUAUGUUUUAGUUUACAAGAAGCACUUGUCAUCAUGGGACUUCACCAUGCAUGCAAACGAAAAUAAUUUUUUGUUGUUGUUUCCAAAGGGAUUCAAACCAAUCCCUGUUUAAAAAGCAGUUCUGAUUUCCAAAAGAGAAAUACAUAUAGUUAUACGUUUGUAUAAAAUAAACAUUCAAGCAAA